AUGCAAGAUAAGCAGAGGAAUUCACGCGUUGAUAAUUGGAACAACGAUGGCAUCCUCUCUGAUCCACUUCCUCAACCUUACAGAUUUAUCAAUAAACUUUUACUUCAAGUCAUUGAAGAAUCUUGUGAUCUUGCAGAAGAUGGCGGUGUGACAGAUUCAAACGAUGCCUUCAUCUGCAGAAAUCUUCGACUUACUAAAGUUGGACGUGUUCCAUUAACUAAAAUGGAAUCAUUCACUUCUUCAAUCGAUAUAUCACAAUAUGAAGUUACUUCUUACUCAUAUUUCGCAAAUACUUCUUAUGUCAUGCUUGCAACAUCACAAGGAAACAUAAUCAUUCAUGACUUUUCUGCUAAAAAUACGUUAUUAAACUUCUCGAUUGGAUCAUUGAACAAAAACCUUCAAUCACGCCCAAUCAAUCACAUAAUAUCAUUAGCAUCAGACUAUGGUAACUAUGCCGUUGUCUUUAUUUCAGAAGAAACAUGUUAUUUAGUUUUAUUUACAAAUACAUUUACAAUGAAAUGGUCGACAGAAAUAGACAUCUCAGAAUUCUUCCUUAAGUCAAUUAGACUUAUUAAAUGCGAACAAAGCGUGGUAAUUUGCGAUGGCAAUGGAAAAUUGCAAGUAUUCAGCUGCAAAACGCCAGCAGACAUGACACCAGACGCCGCAACACCCAAUGCUCGUGGCGCACAAAACAAACAAUCUCCUACUGUUGAACCUCUUCUAGAUAUCGAAAAAUGUCCAAUUACAGCAGGUCCUGUUCAAUCCCAGGCUCCUCCUCCACCGAAGACAGCAGAAGAAUCAGUCAAAAAGAAAGCCCCGCCUAAAAAGAAAGCUCCGCCGCCACCAAAAGGAAAGAAUCGGCCAAAAUCACCACAGCAAGAAGUAGUUCCAGAAACACCUGAAGUAAUCAACAAUUUCCAUCCUCGUGUUUGCAUAUUUGGAAAUAUUGCUGUAAUUAUUUUCGGAGAAUUUCCAAUUUUGCAAUUAUACAGUUUGGAAGGCGAAAAGAACUUAAUCUGCGAAUUCCCACUUCCUGCACAAGUCACAUCCUACCUAGAAGUUCAACAAUCCAAUACUUUAAUUGUCGGAUUUGACAAUGGCACUUUUUGCUUCCUUAGUCUUACUCGCAAAGCUUUGUAUGGCCACCAAUUCCUCAAGCAUGGCAAAAUUACCGAUAUUUUACUGUUCGAUAACUGUCUUGUUGUUUGUACUUCACUUAAUUUCAUUGCCGCUUAUAGAUUAGACGGCAUGAAGGCCUCAGGACAGAUCUAUACAUGCAGUGAUGAUGAUAUCAUUGCAAUCAAGCAAUGCGGACCAUAUAUUGCCACAUAUAAUAAGAUGCCAUCAGAUCUUUCCAUCAGACAGUCAUUAUCAUGCGAUGUAGACAUUUGCGGAAUGACAGCACCUAUGAUUCCGAACAUAUCUAUCCUUGAUGCUGCAACAGGAAAGUAUAUCGGAUCUGCAUCUUCUCCUUCUAAUCUACAGGUCGAAACACAAGCAUGGGGACCAAGUUCUGUUAUUAUAGUUUAUACAGAUCCAAACCAGGAUGCUCCGAAACCAGAAAAUAAAGAUGAAAAUGGACAAAAAGACGAAUCACAGAAAACAGACAGAGAUACAAUGAAAACAGAUAGAAAGAAUGAGAAAAAGAAUGAAAAGAAACCACCUAAGAAGCUCGCAAAGAAGGAAGAAGUCGUAGAAGAAAAUACAGCUGUAAUUAAGAAACAAAUCAUAGGUUUUGCAGAUCUAAACGCUAUUUCUGAGCAACUAAUUGCAAAGAUUAAAGAAAUGGAGAUGGCUACGCAGUCAUUCUGUAAGACUCAUUCUGUUGUAACAAAAUCUAAUACUCCAAACCAAUAA